AUGGAAUCGUCUGACAAGAAUCCGUGGUUAGAUUCUAAGGACAAGACUACGGACGUUGCGAAGCCUCUUCCUCCAGACCUUCUUAUUAUGGUAUUUAUCCAUGGAUUCAAAGGCACAGAUUCCACUUUCGCUCGUUUCCCUGAGCGACUACGCCAUAUUGUGGCCGAAACGGUAUCCAAUGUCACCAUUGAAUCUGUCGUGUUUCCUGCAUACGAGACGAAAGGAGAACUGAAUGCUGCAGUGGAACGCUUCGCAGACUGGCUGGCUACCUUGACAGUCGAGAAGGAAGUUGCAACUGGUUCAGGAGGUGGUGCUGGAAAGGCAAAAAUAGUUCUUUGUGGGCACAGUAUGGGCGGCUUGGUGGCAGCAGACGCAUUAAUCAGUAUGGUCACCUCGCGACCAGACAAGCAAGCUCCGUUAUGGCCAAAAAUAAUUGCUUGCAUUGCUUUUGACACUCCGUACCUCGGUCUACAUCCCUUCGUCUUCAAGAAUAGUAUUUCGAAAGCAUUUGGUUACGCUCAGACAGCACAGCAGGCUGCCUCCGCACUCAAUUCCUUAUUCUCAAAGUCGGCAGGAGCUUCUGCAGGGGCCUCGAAGGCACCAGCUGCAGCAAUCACUGCGCCUCCUACUUCUCCAGCUUCUCCAUCUGGGUCUUCUUGGGCUAAGUGGGCUGUCCCAGCAGCCUAUGGUCUAGGUGGUUUGCUACUCAGCGGAGCAGCUGCAGGCGCGGCGUACUACAAACGUGAAGACAUCGUUACUGGAUAUACAUGGGCGACCGAUCAUCUGAAAUAUGUCGGAACUCUGUGGGAUCAAACGAAGCUAAAGGACCGCAUGAAGCAGCUCAUUGAGAUCGAGGAUAGCCAUGGUGUGACGUUCAGAAACUUUUAUACCCUCCUGCCUUACAUGCCAGGAAAACGUGAUGAACAAGGCACAUUCAUUAUUCUACCACCCCCAGACUCAGCCAUAAGAUCACACUUCCUGUUUUCUCAGAAUAAUGUGGCUGAUAAUGAAAUCGAGGCACAUAUGGGCAUGUUCGAACCGAGUACGAAUGACUCUUAUUAUGGACUGGGAUUGGAGACUGCAAAGAUGAUCCGAGAAGCAAUCAACUCUUCUCGAGGUGUUGCUACGAACGAAUCUGCCCCAGGAGAUGUGCAUGGGUCGAAGGAGUCAGAAAAUAAUACGUCACAACCGCAAAGCAACCUUGUUGAUGUCUGA